AUGUAUGUUGACUCCAUUCGUCUCAUGUGCUCACACCGGGGAAGUCUCAAGUCUGAUCCAGUCGCUUCGGUCCGUGGUGGCAAGAAGGAGAAGGUUGGAAGGUGGCAAGAAGCCUUUGGCUUUUUGGAUUUGAUACCACGAAGUGAACUUCAACCAGAUAUCAUUACUCUGAGUGCUCUCAUCUCUUCCUGUGAACCACGUGGAGAAUGGCAGCAGGCCUUGGGUUUGCUCACUGAGAUGGUGGAUCGAUGGGAGAUCCAACCAAGUGAUGUGAGCGUGAAUGCUGCCAUGACGACAUUGAGGACUGAAGAAGCACCAUGGCCAUGCGCUCUAGAGCUGUUCCACUCGAUGCACUCGAUGCACCAGCUCCGGCGGGAUGUGAUCAGUUGGAAUGCACUGCUCACAUCGUUCUUGACCAGUCAACAGUGGGAGGACGUGCUGAAUCUCUUUGAUGAGAUGCUGAAUGCCGACGGCGUGGUGCCCAAUGCUGUCAGCUUCCGUCUCAUCGCCCGCGCUGCGACCCUGGGCGCGACGAAGCCGGCGGGUCCCGGAGCGGACGGGACGCCAGACCAGUCGGGCUCGGGCGAGUUCUCGGCCGCUGCGCAGAGACGUUUGGAGCUCUUGGAGGACUUGAAGUCUCGAAUUAAGGCCAUGGAAGACUUGCCACAUCAGAACGCUCCAGGGGAGCCGCCGAUCGUGCGGCCUGGACGGCAAGGGGCGAAGCUGGCGGCACUGGGUGCGCGGAUCGAUCAGCUAGAGCGCACUCGCCAGACAGGACCUAGGCUUUUUGAGGAGAACCAGACUCUUUACACCGAGUUGGAGGCGCAGUCCCAGCAGAUUGAUAUCCUCCGACAGCAGGUGCAGCUUCUCCGCGCCGGGCAUUUGACCGAGCCGGAGCCCCAACUGCGGGAGGAAAACUUGCGCCUUCGUCGGGACUUGGAGCUCAGCCGGGCCAUGCUCAGCCGCUACACGGAAGAGCUGGCGUCCAUCAUGCCCGGGAUGCAGAAGGUCCUUCAGAAGUUCAAUCAUGACACCAAGCCAUGCAGGAGCCUUUCCUCCGACAUUGAACCUCCCAUGGCUCCGCGAACCAUGGAGGCGGCGGAGUGCACAGAAGCUGCAGCCAGCCCUCCGAUGGAAGCGUCGUUGUGCGGUGCUAUGUCUCGAGAUUCUCGAGAAAUGGACACACCUCCGCUAGUCCAGACUCGUUUGGCCGUGGCACCAGUGAUGCAGGAGCCUCCCAUCCGCCGCGAGCGGCCCGCUUCGACCUCGCCACAGAGGCACAAGGAGCCUCGAGCGAGCAGCCCCCCCGCUGCCGCUGGCGCGAGUGGCGCGGCCACGCGGGGCGCGAGCGGAGGUAGAUCCACUGCACUCAAUGCACGGGUUCCUGCAUCCGCCGGACGCCUUUGUAGCAGGCUUGUGGACGACGCCGUGCGUGCGGGGCGCCGCGUCCAGCCUCGAGGCGUUGGUGGUGUGGAGUCAGCCCGUUUGAGUAGACGCACGCCAUCUCCUCCCCAUUCUGAGGUGAAGGCCUCUUCCUCCGCCCGCUUGAGCUCGGUCGAAGAGAUGCCACGAUGGAAGUUCUGA